UGUGUGUGUGUGUGUGUGUGUGUGUCCCAUUUGAACUAACUUGCUGGUAGUCACUGUUUGAGGAGGAGCGGGGCAGCUGGCGCUCUCUGCUCGGCUCGGCUCACUGCUAGCAAUGGCGCUGCGGGCUGGCCAGCUCUUUUCUCCUUGUCUCUACGCGGCGGCUUUGUUACUGCUCGCUAGCGGACCACAGUUCGUAAUUAGCUGUCCGAGUCGCUGUUUAUGCUUCCGAACGACCGUGAGAUGUAUGCAUCUGAACUUGGAAACCGUACCAGCAGUUUCUCCCCAGACUACCAUUCUAGAUCUGAGGUUCAACAAAAUCAAGGAUUUACAACCGGGUUCCUUCAGACGAUUAAAGAACCUAAACACACUCCUCCUCAACAACAAUCAUGUGCGAAGGAUCCCCAGGGGGGCAUUUGAAGACCUGGAAAACCUCAAAUAUCUCUAUUUGUACAAGAAUGAAAUCCAAUCAAUUGACAGACAAGCAUUUAAGGGGCUUGUCUCUCUUGAGCAACUGUACCUGCACUUCAACAACAUUGAGUCUUUGGAACCAGAAUCAUUCACUCACCUACCAAAGCUGGAAAGACUAUUUUUGCACAACAACAGAAUCACCCAGCUAGUCCCGGGUACCUUCUCUCAUCUUCAGGCUAUGAAACGGCUGCGACUGGAUUCCAACGCAUUAAAUUGUGACUGUGAGCUGCUGUGGCUGGCCGACCUGCUGAAGCAGUACGCUGAGUCGGGCAAUGCCCAAGCUGCUGCAACCUGCGACUACCCCAGCCGCCUACAGGGCAGAUCAGUGGCAACACUCACAGCUGAGGAGCUCAACUGUGAGGUACCCAGGAUCACCUCAGAACCCCAGGAUGUCGAUGUUACAUCAGGGAACACUGUCUACUUCACCUGUAGGGCUGAAGGCAACCCCAAACCACAGAUCAUCUGGCUCAGGAACAACAACGCCCUGAACAUGCGUGAUGACAGUCGUCUGAACCUGCUGGAAGACGGGACACUGAUGAUCCAGGACACCAGGGAGACGGACCAGGGAGUCUACCAGUGUAUGGCCAAAAACGUGGCCGGGGAGGUCAAGACAUCACAGGUCACACUGCGGUAUUUUGGAGCCCCUUCCCGGCCAAGUUUUGUGAUCCAACCCCAGAACACUGAGGUGCUGGUUGGAGAGAGUGUGACCCUGGAGUGCAGUGCCACAGGCCAGCCGCAGCCCCGGGUCUCCUGGACAAAGGGUGAUCGAACACCUCUGCCCAACGAUGCUCGCAUCAACAUCACCCCUUCUGGAGGCCUUUUUAUCCAGAAUGUAGUACAAGCUGAUGGAGGAGAGUACACCUGUUUUGCCUCCAAUAAUGUUGAUACCAUACAUGCUACAGCGUAUAUAAUCGUACAAGCAAUCCCCCAGCUCACAGUCACACCACAGGAUCAGUCAGUCUUGGAGGGUCACACGGUGGACUUCCCCUGCGAGGCAAGUGGAUACCCCCAGCCGGUAAUUGCCUGGACACGUGGGGGCAGUCCACUACCCCUAGACCGCCGCCACGUGGUCCUGUCUUCCGGUACUCUCCGCAUCACCCGGGUGGCAGCCCAUGACGAGGGCCAGUAUGAGUGCCAGGCGGUCAGCCCUGUUGGAACUGUACGCACUGCUGUGCAGCUCAGCAUCCAGCAGAGAGUAACGCCUGUUUUCACAAAUGCUCCAAGGGACCUGACAGUGGAGUCUGGCCAGGACAUCCAGAUUCCCUGCAGCGCUCAGGGCCAGCCACAGCCUGUCCUCACCUGGAACAAGGAUGGUGUACAGGUGACAGAGAGUGGCAAGUUCCACAUUAUACCUGAGGGGUAUCUUGAGGUAAAGGAUGUGGGCACUGCUGACGCUGGACGCUACGAGUGUGUCGCCCGCAAUCCCAUCGGCUACCAGGUUGCUAGCAUGGUACUAACAGUCACAGUUCCUGCAGUCAGCCGAGAGGGAGACACGUUUGUGAGCUCUUCCAUAGAGCAGGCCAUCCGUAAUGUGGACAGUGCUAUUGAAUCAACGAGGAGACGUCUCUUUGAUGGUCAGCCUCGUACCCCAGGAGAGUUGCUAGCUCUUUUCCGGUAUCCACGUGACCCCUACACAGUGGAGCAGGCGCGUGCUGGGGAGAUCUUUGAGCAGACACUUCUGCUCAUUCAGAGCCAUGUCAACCAGGGUCUCAUGGUCGACACCAAUGGCACCGCCUUUCGCUACAAUGACCUGGUAUCCCCUCACUUUCUGGAUGUGAUUGCCAAUCUGUCCGGCUGCACAGCCCACCGCCGCUUCAACAACUGUUCUGACAUUUGCUUUCACCAGAAGUACCGCAGCCAUGAUGGGACCUGCAACAACCUGCAGCACCCUAUGUGGGGUGCCUCACUCACUGCCUUUGAACGACUCCUUAAGUCAGUCUAUGAUAAUGGCUUUAACCUGCCAAGAGGUGCUACUGAUCGACUGCAUAAUGGAUACAGGUUGCCUCUGCCGAGGUUGGUGUCCACCACCAUGAUUGGAACAGAGACCAUCACUCCUGAUGACCGCUACACUCACAUGCUGAUGCAGUGGGGUCAGUUCCUAGACCAUGACUUGGACUCAACAGUGGCGGCCCUCAGCCAGUCAAGAUUCUCUGAUGGCCAGCUGUGCACCCAGGUCUGCACCAAUGACCCGCCAUGCUUCCCAAUCCAGUUCCCACCCAAUGACCCAAGGCAGCUGCGCAGUGGUGCUCGCUGCAUGUUUUUUGUCCGAUCCAGCCCUGUAUGCGGCAGUGGGAUGACUUCUCUUCUCAUGAAUAGCGUCUAUCCAAGAGAGCAAAUCAACCAGCUGACCUCUUACAUUGAUGCUUCAAAUGUCUACGGCAGCUCACGACAUGAAUCUGAGGAAAUCCGAGAUUUGGCUAGCCAAAGGGGGCUGCUCCGGCAGGGUAUCAUCCAACGAACAGGGAAGCCACUUCUGCCAUUUGCAACUGGACCACCCACUGAGUGUAUGAGAGAUGAAAAUGAGAGUCCAAUUCCAUGUUUUUUAGCUGGGGAUCACCGUGCCAAUGAGCAGCUUGGUUUGACCGCCAUGCACACAGUGUGGUUCAGGGAACACAACCGAAUUGCUACAGAGCUACUGAGACUGAACCCCCACUGGGACGGGGACACCAUCUACCACGAGGCCAGGAAGAUAGUGGGGGCCCAGAUGCAGCACAUCACCUACAGCCACUGGUUGCCAAAGAUCCUGGGUGAGGCAGGCAUGAAGAUGAUGGGGGCAUACACAGGUUACAACCCCAAUAUAAAUGCUGGCAUCCUGAAUGCUUUCGCCACUGCUGCUUUCCGCUUCGGGCACACCCUCAUCAACCCAAUACUCUACAGGUUAGAUGCGGACUUCCAGCCUAUCCCCCAGGGGCACAUAUCUCUACAUCGGGCCUUCUUCUCCCCGUUUCGCAUCGUGAAUGAGGGCGGGAUCGACCCACUCCUCCGUGGGCUCUUUGGCGUUGCUGGUAAAAUGCGGAUUUCCAGUCAGCUGCUGAACACGGAGCUGACAGAGAGGUUAUUUUCCAUGGCCCAUGCUGUUGCCCUGGACCUUGCUGCCAUGAAUAUACAGAGAGGAAGGGAUCAUGGAAUACCCUCGUACAAUGAUUACAGGACCUUCUGUAACCUGACCUUGGCACAGACGUUUGAUGACUUGAGGAAUGAAAUUAAGAAUCCUAAUGUCAGAGAGAAAAUUCAGAGGCUGUAUGGCACUCCUCUGAACAUAGACCUGUUCCCUGCCUUGAUGGCUGAGGACCUGGUCCCUGGCAGUAGACUGGGGCCCACACUCAUGUGCUUACUGGCAACUCAAUUCAGACGCCUGCGGGAUGGAGACAGGUUCUGGUAUGAAAACCCAGGGGUGUUCACUCCAGCCCAGCUCACCCAGCUGAAGCAGGCCUCUCUGACGCGGGUGCUGUGUGACAAUGGGGACAACAUCACACGUAUACAGCAAGAUGUGUUCAGGGUGGCCGAGCUGCCACACGGCUACAGCAGCUGUGACGACAUCCCGCAGAUCGACCUGCGCAUGUGGCAGGACUGCUGUGAAGACUGCAGAACCAAAGGUCAGUUCAACGCCCUGUCAUACCACUUUAGAGGACGCAGAUCAGCUGAGCAGAGCUACAAAGAGGACAAACCUGCCAACAGCAUCCAGAACAGUCCAGUGGAAGAAUCUGUAGAAAGCCUUGUAAAUGUUACUGUGACCUCCAAAAAAAGCACUGAACCCUCACUCAAUGACUUCCAGGACUUUGUCUCUGACAUGCAGAAGACAAUCACAAGUUUACGAAAACAGAUUAAAAGACUUGAGACCCGUCUGAGCAAGACUGACUGUACUGAUAGUGAGGGACGUGAGCGAACAGAUGGAGAUCGGUGGAAGAAGGACUCCUGUACCAUAUGUGAAUGCAGAAGUGCCCAGGUGACUUGCUUUGUGGAGUCAUGUCCACCAGCUGAGUGCAAACGGCCCGUCAAGCUAAAAGAUGCCUGCUGCCCAUUGUGCCUCGAUCAGGCAAAUGUUGAGAAGAGGCAAAAAGCAAACACCCAUCAUGAAUAACCCUCAGGACCCCCACCCACCCCCUGAUAAACAUUCUAAUGGCUGAAAGUUAUACACUCACAUACAGACAUCCAGAGAGAGGAUGAGACUCAUGAAGGUGUGCUUAUCCACAGCCUCACUAGACCCAAUAGCCUCAGUUUUGUUUUUGUUUUUUUCAUUUUGUGUCUUUUUGUGUUGAACAAGGGAGGGGGGGAUUUUCUUUUCUUUUUGAAAUGUUGCCCCCUCCAGGGCCAGCAGCCUGAGGCACGGUUUGAAAAUGCACUGGCAACCAGCCAGUGAUCACUAAAUGGAUUUAUUUCUGAACCGAUGGAUGGAUGGAUGGAUGGAUGGAUGGAUGGACUGAUGGAUGGAUGGAUGGAUUGUAAACAAGAGGGACAAACCUCUGUAACAGCCUGUUACCAACACUUGGUGACACAACUUGGGGCUACCUGCCGUCAACAAGCAGGAAAGGGAAGUAGAUUGAAAGGUGGCAGCCAUUUUGUUGUCUCACAAAAGUUUCUCAGGUUAGAGAUGCCGAAAACUGGUGCUAUCCCCCCCCUCUUUAUCAAUGAAUUAAUCACUAAAUACAAACUUUCAAUGUAUUGUCUUUUGUAUGCAAAGCAACCUAUAUACACUCAGUAUAUGCCUUAUGAUAAAUCACGAUUGAGAGGCCGAUUUUACUUAACUAAAAGACUUUUUAUGAAUAGAUUUUUUUCAUCUUUUAAUCCAAGGUGCUUUAUAUCAUGUUAUGAAUAUGUAUUUUUUCCUCCCUUCUUGUAUAAAAAUGCUUACAUAUGAAGAUAAUGUGAAGCCCUACGAAAAUGUUUGUAAUGCAAAGAUGUCUACUGAUUACUGCUCCUCUCUCCAUGGACAACUUGGUUAACUAACUUCUUGUCUCUGCUGGCCUGUCCUGAACUUGAGUGAGGCGGAGCCGUGUAGCGCUCCCCAUUGCAGGACACUCAAACCAGCUCUUGCACUGUUGUGCUAUUUUCCAAGUUUCAUUUUGCUUUCAGAAAGCAGUGAAAGAAUAAUAUCCAUUUUUACCACUGUAAUGUUGUGAAUUUUGUCCCAGUAUUUUCCUCAGCCUCACAAAGCCAAAUGUAAGAUUUAAUUACUUCUAAAAUGACAUAAUAGCAUGUGUGUAUCUCUGAAACUAUGGAUGAAUGUUGUCGUGAGGUCAGGAUUUAGCCUUUGGUACUGCUAUCUCUACCACAGCAGUAUUCUCCGGGCCUCCUCACAGAUCUGUUUCUUCAUGCAUAGUCAUUAUUCCACAGACUGCACACAACUGAAGGACUGUUACUGUUAACUGUUCUUCUCUGCUGUUGUGGACCUGCACCACUUUAGACAAGGACACGCUUGCAAGCAUUCCUUUGUCAGGUAUUCACUUUGACUCCACCUUUUCCCUUUUUAAGGUUUUUGCUCAUUUUUGUACAGGAUUUGGACAUUUCCCCCUGUGAGGACCAUCUUCAGUGGUGGUAUAGGUUAAGAAUGCUCACCCUGCUCAUUUUUCUUUUCCAUGUUAAAGUUUUUGAGACUGGGGUGACGUCUUGCAGCAGAGCAUGUGUGGAGCGCAGGCUUCUCUAGCCCUCUGACCCUCAUUCCGUUGUAAUGGAAGCCAUAUGAGAGGGGAAGCGAGAGUAAUGUUGGGGGAGGGGUGCGGAUGAUUGGGAUACACUGUCAAUCAAAACAAGUCUCUACCAUCUUUGUGAGACAGUUUUGUUCCUCUGACUGUCAGCUGGUAUACAUGUGUAAACAAGUUACUGUACUGUUAAGACAAAUGCCUCUUGUGCUUUGCACUGGCUUGCUUAGUGUACGUCAUGUUUCUGUUUUCCUGUUUUGCUUUGCUCCUAAUUACGGCAAACGGCUGCAGCUGCAGUGUUCCUUUCCAUUGUCGUCUAUAUAUGGUAACGUCCUGAGCAAGCAUCUGUCACUAAACAGAAAUUAUACUCUGCAGAAUGUUCCAUUCAGGAUUCCACAUGGAUUAUGGGCCACGCAGUUGCACUGGUAAAUUGGUAUCAUAUCAUAUGUUUAAACAGGUGUGUGUUUACAGUUGUGUAUUUUAUGCUCUAUUACUCUCUGACUGUGGUCCUCCAGUAACAACUGUAUGAACACAUCCUAUUCAUGCUCACCAGUGUGUGUUUGUUUUACUAAAUUUAGUUUUACAAAUUUAGUGUGAGAAUGAGCUUGUGUUUGUUGCUCCUCAGCAGGCUAGAUGCAUUUUGGCAAGUGUCCCAAAGCACUGUGAACUCUGUUUAUUACCAGUCUUCAUUUUCAUAUACCUGUUGUAUUAGUUCAUUUUUUUAUUUUCUGUUUUCACCAUACUUCUAUCUGUUUUUAUUUCCACCCAAAAAAAAAACUCUCAAGUGUCGAAUGGAAUGCACUGCUCCCCAAGACUGAACAUGCUUUACCUACACUGUCCCUCAACCAGUGGUCAAUGUGGAUAUAAUAGUACCUAUUAUGACAUGUGUAUUGUAUGUUUGCCAAAGAAUGGUUUGCACUGUAAUGUAUGCCUCUUGACAGUAAAAAUAAAUAAAUAAGCCACAUUUGAAUUACAGUCA